GAGCCUUUGACAUGGGGAGGCGGGGCUGCGCAUGCGCAACGAGUUCGGCAGGGGAAGAUGGCGGAUGACAAGGAUUCUCUGCCCAAGCUUAAGGACCUGACGUUUCUCAAGAACCAGCUGGAGCGCCUACAGCAGCGUGUGGAAGACGAAGUCAACAGUGGUGUGGGCCAGGAUGGCUCACUCUUGUCCUCCCCAUUCCUCAAGGGAUUCCUGGCAGGCUAUGUGGUGGCCAAACUGAGGGCAUCAGCAGUGUUGGGCUUUGCAGUGGGCACUUGCACUGGCAUCUAUGCAGCUCAGGCAUAUGCUGUACCCAAUGUGGAGAAGACACUGAAGAACUACUUUAAGUCACUACGAAAGGGGCCUGACUAGACCCUUUGGGGAAAGCAGGAUGGGCAUGUUGGGCCUGCAGGUAGAGACCUUUCCGUCACUGACCCUCCACCUGACCUCCCUUGCUAUUGUUCAUUUGCUGUGUCCCCCUCUUCUGCCCUUUACGUCCUUGCUUUUGUUCCUACAGAGAAUGGACAGUGGUUUUUCAGCCUGCCCCCUACAUUCCUUUCCUCCCUAAUGCCAUCGGACUGGCCCUAAAACCAUGGGUCAUGAGCUCCCUCUUCAAGACCUAACCGUGGAAUGUGCAGCUGACUCUGACCCUCAAUAUUCUCUCUGGUGAUGUACCACAAUUCCACACUCAAUUGCCUACAAAUGUGUAGCAGUCCCUUUAUUCCUUGCUAGCUACACAGGCCACUGAGGGCCUUGUGUGGGCCAUGAGUGUGGAAGAUGGGGGUAUGCCAGGCCUAGCCCGUCCAAGACAGGCUCGCUGGACCCUGAUGCUUUUCCUGUCUACUGCCAUGUAUGGUGCCCAUGCACCAUUCUUAGCACUGUGCCAUGUGGAUGGUCGAGUGCCCUUCCGACCCUCCUCAGCUGUGUUACUUACUGAGCUGACCAAGCUACUAUUGUGCGCCUUCUCCCUCCUAGUAGGCUGGCAAACAUGGCCCCAGGGCACAGCACCCUGGCGCCAGGCCGCACCUUUUGCAUUGUCAGCCCUGCUCUAUGGCGCCAACAACAACCUGGUGAUCUAUCUGCAGCGUUACAUGGACCCCAGCACCUAUCAGGUGCUGAGCAAUCUCAAGAUUGGAAGCACGGCUCUGUUGUACUGCCUCUGCCUUGGGCAUCGCCUCUCUGCACGUCAGGGAUUGGCAUUGCUGCUGCUGAUGGCUGCAGGAGCCUGCUAUGCAUCCGGUGGCUUUCAGGAUCCUACGAACACCCUUCCUGGGCCCCCAUCAGCAGCUGGCGCCCGUCCCAUGCCCUUGCAUAUCACUCCACUGGGACUUCUGCUCCUCAGCUUAUACUGCCUCAUCUCCGGCUUGUCAUCGGUGUACACAGAGCUGAUCAUGAAGCGGCAGCGUUUGCCCUUGACUCUCCAGAACCUCUUCCUCUACACAUUUGGGGUGAUUCUGAACCUUGGACUGUAUGCUAGCAGUGGCCCAGGUCCGGGCUUCCUAGAAGGUUUCUCUGGAUGGGCAGUGCUUGUGGUGCUGAACCAGGCUGUAAAUGGACUGCUCAUGUCAGCAGUCAUGAAGCAUGGCGGCAGCAUCACGCGCCUCUUCAUCGUGUCCUGCUCGUUGGUGGUCAAUGCUGUGCUUUCAGCAGUGCUGCUACAGCUGCAGCUCACAGCUGUCUUUUUCCUGGCCACACUGCUCAUUGGUCUGGCUGUGUGCUUGUACUAUGGUAGCCCCUAAGUCCUUGACCACCUCCAUUCUCACUUGUGGCUGUGUAGAUUAGAUGCAACCACUGGAGCCACCUGCCAUCUCCCUACCCCCACCCCCUCAGCAGUAACAAGUGCCUUGUAAGAAAAGCUAGGGUGGCCAGGUUAGGAUGUUCAGGUCGGGGAGAGUUACCCUGAGGAGACUUUAUAUAGAGAGUGUGCUUGGUUAAGAAGACGCUUAAGUGCACCCCUGUAUACCUUCAUACUAAAGAAAAAGAUCUGGGCAGCCUGUCCUUGAGGAACCCCGCCUUGUCCUGCAUAAACAUGGCUGCUUCAAGUGAAGUUUUACUCUCCAUGCCUGCUGUGGUCAUUCCUGAAGACACCCUGCCCCGAAGCUUGGUGCUGGCUCCUCCAGCCCAGCAUGCCUUCCACAUAAGAGAUACCUAGUUUGCCCCUCCACAGUACUGUUGCCCUUCCCAGCCGUUGUUCUGGAAAGGUCAGAAGGGGCUGGGGCUUGACUCAUCUCAGGGAACACCGCCCCUGGGCCCUGACUUAAGCCUACACUCCUGAUCCCUGUGCUAACUUGAGAGCCCUGUGGAAGCCUGCUUCACCUCUUAAGACACUUGGGAGGUGCUGUUCUUCCCACUCUUGCCCCUUCCUAGUGGUAUCCCAGCUUCCAGUAACUUGGAAGGGCUCUGCAGAGGAACCAGGUACAGAAAACAUAGAAAAUCAGUGUCCAACUACUUAAGCAAUAAGGUCUUAAUAAAGUGUUCUAGGGUGUAGGGUGCUUCCUACAACCAUUUUGUUGUUC